CAGGACAACUGGCAAUUGAAAUGGGCGAAUGGGAUCUGCUGGGCCGCUUGCUGGAUAAAGUACAGAGCCACUCCACGGUGAUCGGCAAGGUCUGGCUCACAGUGCUGUUUGUCUUCCGCAUCCUCGUCCUGCACGCUGGCGCUGAGAAGGUUUGGGGCGAUGAGCAGUCCGACUUUGUCUGCAACACUCAACAGCCCGGUUGUGAGAACGUCUGCUAUGACCUCGCCUUCCCCAUUUCUCAUGUGCGCUUUUGGGUCCUUCAGAUUAUUGCUGUGGCAACCCCAAAGCUGCUAUACCUUGGCCAUGUCCUCCAUGUGAUCCACAUUGAGAAGAAGAUGAAGGAGAGGAUGAAGAAACAGGCUGAGUUGGAUGACCAGGCCAGCCUCUUCCUGAGGAGGGCCUACAAAGUCCCCAAGUACACAAAGAGCACUGGCAAGAUCAGCAUCCGAGGCCAGCUCCUCCGCAGUUACGUCCUCCAUCUCGUGGUGAAGAUUAUCCUGGAGGUUGUGUUCAUUGUGGGUCAGUACUUUCUUUACGGCUUCACCCUCCAGACCCGCUACGUCUGCACCCGCUUCCCUUGCCCUCACAAGGUGGACUGCUUCCUGUCCAGGCCUACAGAGAAGUCGAUCAUCAUUUGGUUCAUGCUGGUGGCAGCGUUUGUCUCCCUCGUCCUCAGCCUGGUUGAGCUGUUCUACCUGUGCGUGAAAGCUGUGAAGGAGUGCAUGGCGAGGAGGCAGGAUUACACUGUGACCCCGGUGACUCCUCCACCUUUGGAAAGGAAAGCUUUUAAAAGCCGCGAUGAGAUGCUCCAGAAUUGUGUCAACCUGGAGCUGGAGCUCCAAGGACGAAAGUUGGGGGUGAACGGGGCCACUGACACUGCUAAGAAUGUAUCACCUGAAAGCAACAGCAUGGGGGCAGAGAUUCGCAUCUGACACAUGGAGGCAGUGAUAAGUUGUACGUGUCCAAUUCUCCUGAGUUUCAGUGUGUGUAUUGGCUUUGGGGAGGAAAGGGGUGUGUGUGUGUGUGUGUGUGUGUGUGUGUGUGUAUGCGGUAAUCACAGACAGAGGGAGGGGGAGUAGCCAGCUUCUGUAAACAGAACUCGGUCACAUGCAAAAUGUUGCCUAAAAUGACUUCAAUUGACUAUUAGACGUAAUCGAAAAACAAGAGACCAUAUUUUCUCACAGUUGACAAUCUGUAGAUUAUUUUUUGAUCAAUUUUACAAAGC